AUGGCAAUGAAACUGGCACCGUUAGAGUGGAUGGAAAAAACACUAAUUCAGAUAGCAAAACUCACGAAAUGCCAAAAAGUAAAUUCAAUCGGCAACAAAAUCCGCUUCGCAAAUUGCUCGAUUCUUCUGAUGUCUACAUGUUUUUCCUAUCCGAAUGCCGAAUACACUUGCAAGAAUUUUGAAGCGAUACUUCCUUUAAGAGCGGAAACGAUCCGACAAAAUCGUCGCCUCGCACGAGAUGAGCACGACUGGUUAGCUGCUGUGGUCGAGCGUUCUUUUUUUAUCGUUUUCCUUUUGAUGUAUACGUUUGUUACCGUUGGCAUCAGCGCCAUUGGUUUCUAUUACUGGUCGUCCGUUGAUUACAUCACCAAUCACUACAAGCAAUGA